CAGAGGGGGCGGGGCCGGGGCGCGGGUGCCGCGUGGCGGGCGCGGCGCUGCGGCGGGACUACCUGCGCGGGUUUAGAGCCGAAACCAGCUGUGAGGGCUUCGGGCUUCCAGGCAGCAUGAGCGUGGGCUUCAUCGGGGCUGGCCAGCUGGCCUUCGCACUAGCCAAGGGCUUCACAUCAGCAGGUAUCCUGGCUGCCCACAAGAUAAUGGCCAGUUCCCCAGACAUGGACCUGGCCACAGUUUCUGCCCUGAGGAAGAUAGGGGUGAACCUGACACCCCACAACAAGGAGACUGUGCGGCACAGUGACGUGCUCUUCCUGGCCGUGAAGCCGCAUAUCAUCCCCUUCAUCCUGGAUGAGAUUGGCGCUGACAUCGAGGACAGGCACAUUGUGGUGUCCUGUGCGGCUGGUGUUACCAUUAGCUCCAUUGAGAAGGCAUUCACUGCCCUGGAUGCCCUGGCUGAUGGCGGUGUUAAAAUGGGACUUCCAAGGCGCCUGGCAGUCCGCCUUGGGGCCCAGGCCCUGCUGGGAGCCGCCAGGAUGCUACUGGACUCGGAAGAGCACCCAGGCCAGCUCAAAGACAACGUCUGCUCUCCCGGAGGGGCCACCAUCCACGCCCUGCACGUGUUGGAGAGUGGGGGCUUCCGCUCCCUGCUCAUCAAUGCUGUGGAGGCCUCCUGCAUCCGCACACGGGAACUGCAGACCAUGGCCGACCAGGAGAAGGUCUCACCUGCUGCCAUCAAGAAAACUGUUCUGGACAAGGUGAAGCUGGACUCCCCCGCAGGGGCCUCUCUGUCCUCUGGCCCUGCCAAGCCACUGGCCCGCAACCUGGCCUCGGCAGGCAAGGAAUGAUGCACCCUGCCUCCACCUGCUCUCCCCCCCUCCCCCCCUCCUCUUGUUGUUUUGCCCACCCUGGGCCUGGAGUCAUGGGAUUCAAUAGAUCCUCCCACCUGAGCCUCCAAGUGCUCAGACUGCACGUGCAUACGACCGUGCCCAGCCUUUCUCUCCACUUCUUGCUCUCCUGGCUCCAGGCUCUUGUUCUGGGGGGUCUCCAACCCUUCAGUGGGCAUCUGCCCACAGUCUGGGUCAGCCAGGGUUGUGGCCAGGGAAGGGCAUAUCACCUUUCACUGGGAGCCUCCAUGGUUCCCAGGCUUCAGCCCAUAACAGGGAUGGGCUCUUUGACCUCCUCACACCCCGAGCUUUUUAUAUAGCUCCAGCCUGAGGUCUUCACCCUCCUCAACCCCAGUGUCAGCUGGUGUGGGCUUGCCCCUUCUUUUUGCAAAGGUGGAGCACCUGACAUGGCAAGGCCCUGGUUCUGUUCCUGGCACCCAACACAAAAAGACCCAAGGGCCCUUUUCCACUCCCCACUCACCCUCCCUCCUGUGUGCUGGCAGAGGAUCACGGGCGUCUUGAGCUUGGUGCCAGGGACCCAAGUUGUCUUGGCCAGCUGCCCAGCUUCCUUGAUCCUGUCGAAUAUUUGGGAAGAGGACUCCUCGGGUAGCUGCUGAACUUCCCGUGACCACCAGCACACUCAGGCCAUCACACUCCUGAUCUGCCUGGUGGGGUGCUCACUUCCCUCCCGACCCUUUAGGUUGAAUAAAGCGGUUUCUGAAA